AUGAUCGUUUCCAAGAAAGGGGCCAUCCUAGCCCAUAUUUCCCCCCUGCCAUUUCCGACAAACGAUCCCCAGGCUGCCGAGAAUCAUACACGGGAGCAAAUGGGGAACCUCCUCGACAUUCUGCGAGACAAGAAAGAUUUCCGCCUAGCCCCCGGUGUCAAAAACUCCGGUAUAGUCUGUGGUGUCUUUGAAGGUGCCAUUGCUUUGCCAGAUCAGAAGGAUCUUAUUAAGGCUAUUCUUUUGGAGAAUCUGGAGGAUAAUGCAAGACCCAGGGUCCAUAGAUAUAAUAUUCAAGACCCUGCUGCCAGGUCACCUGCUGCAGGAACAGUUUUUAUUGAUGGAGCUGGCCCAGUACCGAAGGUAUAUUUGGAAGAUAUAGACCAAUGUUGGUUUUGA